UACAGCGGCAGUGAAGGCGGUGGUACCAACUCAUGCAGAGUCGAACCGGCAAGAUCGGUAAAAUUAAAAGCCGGGAUUAGGUUGGGGAACAUGGAUCCGGCAACCUUAACCGCAUCAUCUAAGUGCAUGCAAUAUUGACUUUCAAACGCAAAGUUGAGUACAGGCAGGUAUACUGCCUACUACACAAUACGCUGUUCUCGCGGUGUAGCAAUGACUUCCCCUCACCUCAAAGCUGUUAUAUUCGAUGUCGGGGGUGUUGUACUCCGGAGCCCCUUACUUGCUAUUGCUGCAUACGAGCGUGAACAUGGAAUACCCAAUAAUUACAUCAACUGCUCAAUAACUCGGAGAGGGUCCAAUGGCGCCUGGCAAAAGUUUGAACGGGGAGAGAUAGCCCUCUUCCCUUUCUAUGAAGCCUUCGGGCGUGAGUUAUCCGAUACAAGCGCGGGGAACGUGUGGUACAGGGAAUACUGUGCACGAAAGGGUAUAGAAUGUCCGAAAUUGCCAGAGAAGUUGAACAUAGACGGGCGAGAGCUCUUCGGACGCAUGAUGCGUGAAAGCGGGAUGUUCGACGAACGUAUGGUGGAAGCUAUUCGCAGAAUCCGAUCGGCCGGCAGAUGGCGAGUUAUCGCCCUAACGAACAACUUCUCGAAAACCGACGAUGCAAUCGCGAAGGGGAUGCCGCCGGGUUCCAAGUUCACUGUGGAGUCAGAGCUGACGUUCCUGGGAUGGGAACAGGGUGCAACCCCACCCAAGCUCCGUGAACUCUUCGAUGAUUUUUGCGAUUCUAGCACUUUAGGGACGCGUAAACCUGAGCCUGAAUUCUACCUGCUUGCUUGCCAGAGAAACGGCAUACAACCGAGCGAAGCAGUGUUCCUCGAUGACCUCGGCAUGAAUUUGAAAGCGGCUCAAGAACUCGGGAUGGAAACAAUUCAUGUCCCAAUUGGAGGCUCGUUACAGGCUCUCAAGAAACUGGAGGAGAAGUUGGGCAUUGACCUAACGAGCGGCUUUGAGCGCUCAGAAUGGAUGCCCUCUAAGUUGUGAUAUGAAUUCGCGUAUGCCCAUUUGACAUCUAUCUAUUAGGAUUGUAGAUCAUGCAAGAUGUAGUACGGUAUCUUGAUGCCGAAUAGUUCGAUGAAUUGUUUCUAGCGUUGAUGUACCGCGUUGUAAUUAAAUAGGCCAUCUUGUUAGAAUGGCUUGUCAGAGGCGGGAGUCUUAUCCUCGUAAUAGCUGCCAAUCUGUAGUAGACCCG